CCAUGAAAAGAUUUAAUCAAAAUGGACGUCUCCCCUGUAUCCCGUUUGUUUUGAUUCUCGUGUACGGUGAAUUUUUAUUAUUUUUUUUUAAUUUUAGCUAUUCGAAUAGACAAUUAAAUAUAAAUUGGUCCUGUUGACGGCUCAACAAUUUGUUAAUACUGUACAGACGACAAAUGGCUGCGACUACAUUGCCGUCCGGCGAGCCCGCGCCCGAAGACACAUCGCUGUAUCCGAUCGCUGUGCUCAUAGACGAAUUGAAGAAUGAAGACGUACAGUUGCGUUUGAAUUCUAUCAAGAAACUGUCUACAAUUGCUUUGGCACUUGGUGUUGAGCGCACUCGAGUAGAGCUUAUUCCAUUUUUAACUGAAACUAUUUAUGAUGAAGAUGAAGUAUUGUUAGCAUUGGCUGAGCAAUUGGGAAAUUUUACCAACUAUGUCGGAGGACCAGACUUUGCAUAUACACUAUUGCCUCCCUUGGAAUCAUUGGCCACAGUUGAAGAAACAGUUGUUAGAGAUAAGGCAGUUGAGUCACUACGUCAAAUAGCAGUGUUGCACUCUCCAACUGAUCUUGAAAAUCACUUUGUUAGUCUUGUUAUUCGUCUGGCGUCUGGUGACUGGUUUACAUCACGUACAUCUGCUUGUGGUUUAUUUUCGGUUUGCUAUUCUCGUGUCAAUCCAAUGAUCAAAUCUGAAUUACGCAACUUCUUCCGUAAUUUGUGUCAGGAUGAUACUCCUAUGGUGCGAAGGGCCGCUGCAGGAAAAUUGGGUGAAUUUGCAAAAGUUGUUGAAUUGGAUUCCUUAAAAAAUGAUCUUAUACCUAUGUUUUCAUCACUUGCUCAAGAUGAACAGGAUUCUGUUCGUCUUCUGGCUAUUGAAGCUUGUGUUAGUAUAGCCUCUUUGCUUACACAUGAAGAUGUGAAUGAUUUAGUGAUGCCAACUUUGCGCUUAUGUACUUCAGAUAGUUCUUGGAGAGUACGAUAUAUGGUGGCUGAUAAAUUUACUGAGUUACAAAAGGCUGUUGGACCAGAAAUUACUCGUAUUGACUUGGUACCGACUUUUCAAUCAUUGUUACGUGACACUGAGGCUGAAGUGAGAGCGGCAGCUGCCAAUAAAGUGUGUGAUUUUUGUCGUAAUCUUUGUCCUCCUGUUGCUUCUGGUGCUUUAUUAAAUGAUCCAAAUGCUGCACAAACUUCAAAUGCAGUUGAUUCCAUUAUCAUGACAUCAAUUUUACCUGUCGUUAAAGGACUAGUUGCAGACACUAAUCAACAUGUCAAAUCAGCUUUAGCAUCUGUAAUAAUGGGCUUAUCUCCAAUACUUGGAAAACAAAGAACUCUUGACCAUUUGUUACCACUAUUUUUGACUCAGUUAAAAGAUGAAUGCCCUGAAGUACGUCUUAACAUAAUUUCAAAUUUGGAUUGUGUUAAUGAAGUAAUUGGAAUUCAACGGCUUUCUGAAACACUUUUACCUGCUAUUGUUGAACUUGCUGAGGAUCCUAAAUGGCGGGUUCGUUUAGCAAUAAUUGAAUAUAUGCCGUUAUUAGCAAGUCAACUAGGUGUACAGUUCUUUGAUGAUAAACUCAAUAGUUUGUGUAUGACUUGGCUAACUGAUCAUGUGUAUGCUAUACGAGAAGCUGCUACAUUAAACUUGAAAAAGCUAGUGGAGAAAUUUGGCGCAGAAUGGGCCCAAACAUCUGUUAUACCAAAAGUCAUAGUUAUGGCUAGAGAUCCAAAUUAUUUACACCGAAUGACAUUCUUAUUUUGCAUUAAUGAGCUCGCUGAAGUUUGUGGUCCAGAAAUAACUGCUAAGACCAUGUUACCAACUGUAUUAUCUAUGGCAAGUGAUAGCGUGGCUAAUGUACGUUUCAAUGUAGCCAAGACACUUCAAAAAAUUGGACCAAUUGUUGCACAAUCUGCUGCGGUGAAAUCUCAAAUAAAACCAGUUUUGGAUAAAUUAAAUACAGAUACAGAUGUAGAUGUCAAAUAUUUUGCUGCGGAAGCUAUGUCAAUAAUUGCGUGUAACUAAUGUUUUUUUUAUUGUUUAUGUAUAUCACCCUUAUCAGCGCCCAAAUUAAUUAUUAUAACAUUGUUACAGCUUGUGCAUUUUUUCCCUUCCCACUUGGCAUAUGAUUUUUUUUUUUUUAACAGUAAUAUAAACAUUAUUAUUAUAUUAUAAUUAUAAUUUUUGUAGAUCAUUUACUUAAAAGCAAACAAUAUGAUAAUUGAAUACAUUUAAGUGAAAUUAUCAUUAUGAGUAGAUAAUAAAAUAUUAUUAAUAUAAUAUUAUAAUGUUUUAAUUUCCAAUUACAUUUUACAUAAUAGUUGUCUUUGAAAAUUUUUGUUGAUUUUACAGUCGACAAAUUUGAAUUUUUAACUGCUAUAUUUAUAAAUACUGAAUAGAAACCAUAAUCAACAUGAACAUUAUAUUUACAACUACUAAUUAAUAAUUAUAUGUUAUUUUUAUUUAAAUUGUAUUAAUUUGGUUGUAUAAGUAACCUACUUAGUGCCCGUAUUACAAUCGUUAACCACCGAAUUCGGCCGGUAAAAUCAGUGAGUUAAGCGUCACCGAGGUUUAAACUAUGAUUGUAAAACGGACCCUUAGUAACAUCAAAAUCUCAUAAAAUAUCAAACACUUCAACUAUUGUCAACAUUCCCUUUUGGGAAAUUAAUUGAAUACUAUGAAUUUGCUAUACCUAUAUAUUAUUGUUGUAAGUUGAACAAUUUGUAACUACUGAGAAUGUGAAAGUGAUUUCAUAUAAAUAAUCUAGAUAAUACAUCAAUCUAGUAAUAUA